AUGACUUCUCUGCUGGUUCGCCCCGUACAGCAUGCAGAUGUUGCGACAUGUACAGCUCUUCGCACGGUAACAUUGGGAUCUCUGGUUAUUGGUCGCCCACCUCCGUUUCCAGACUACAAAGAAGACCAGAUGGUGUCAAUAAAAAAUGACCUUGAUAAUAAGCCUCAUGUGCACCACUUGAAAGUCGUGGAUACGGAAAGCGACGACGAAAUUAUCGCCUACGCAAAAUGGGAAAUCUAUCCACAGGGGCGUCCCGAUCUUGAAGGUCUGAAGCAGCCGAUGGACGAUGAGUCGAAGAAGGUGGAUCAGUACGGCCGACUAAGAGAAGCUGCGCAUGAAUACUUUUGCACUCGCAACGGUGAAAUGGGCAAGCAUCCACAUAUACUACAAUGGGGCAUUGCAAAAUCAGAAGAGUUGGGGCUUCCUGCCUAUCUGCAAGCCUCUGCUCAGGGUCAGCGACUGUAUCAAAGUCAUGGGUUCAAAGACAUCGAUACAGUCGAAUUCAACCUGACAGAUUUUGGGUUAGAGGGUAUGGAAAAGAUGACCGAAAUGAUUCGACAUCCAGUCACUUUCGAGAAAACUGAGGUGGGAAUCUCUGCUCAGACCCAUGCAGGGGCCGAUAUGGCUUCUGGCGAAGCCGCGAAGGAAUAG